CCAGAGUCUCCCACUUCCGCUUCCGGCCACCGCAGCGCUGCCAUAGUUUCUUCUGCGAUGAACACAGGUCUCAUGUCUGUGACGUCUGCACCCUUCCGUCGAGCCUUUUGUCUCACUGCGACACUUCUGCUGCUAGGCCCUCCCCGCAGAAACUUCUCAGACCGUCUGUGCCAUAUGCAGCCUUCUUGACUCUGUGGACUGUGAGUCUCUUCGGAGCAGGGUCUAUGCAGACAGCAACUCGCCCACAGGUUCCUGGAGCAUGGGAAGCAACCAGGCUGUGGAGUGUGAAGGUGGAGGCAGGGCCUUCCUUCUGAGCCGGACAGCCAUCCAACACUCCUUGUCAGAGCAUGGAGAACCUCAAGAAUGAAGAAGGCCCGGAUCUCCUGCCUCUCUGGUUUAGGAAGAUCAGAGGAGAAAUAGAAUCGCUGUCCCUCUGGGAAAACCUAAGAGAGGCAGCCAUGGAGACUUGGACCUCAAGGCCUGGGGAGAGAGCUGUCCGCUCUCAAGCCUCAGCCCUUUCUCAGGAUGGGAAGGACAAGACCGAGUUUCAGGAGCCAUUGACCUUCAGGGACGUGGCGGUGGUCUUCACGGAGGAGGAGCUGGGGCUGCUGGACCCCGCCCAGAGGAAGCUGUACCGAGAUGUGAUGCUGGAGAACUUCAGGAACCUGCUCUCUGUGGGAGACAAGAAUGAAAAGGAAAUGGAGUAUAUUCAAGAAAGAGAAUUAAAGUGCCUUUCCUACAGAGAGCUGUCCUACUGGAAAAUCUGGGAAUUAACUGGUGAAUUAACUGAGAAUCAGGAUCAUAGAGUAAAUCUUCAAGGGAAAAGUUUCCAGUUCUCACAAGAUGCUUCUCUGUGCCAAGGGUGGGAAGGAGCACCUGCUCAGGGUUCACACAUUGACAGUCUGGUGGGCAGUCUUCGGGGACCCAUCGGCUCUGAAAAUCAAAGGUUUCUACCCUGGAAAGCUGUAAGACCAGUAUCCGUUCAAGAUUCUUGGAUGAAAGCCUUUGUGAAUGAGCCGUGGAACAUUCAAGAAAGGUGUGAAAAACUUGACAGGCAAGAUACAGUAUAUAAACAUGAAGGGGACAGUUAUGGCUUCAGCUGGAUAUCACGGUGUCACGAUGCCCACAGAUUACCAGAGAGAGAGAGUCCCUGUAAUUGCGAUCAGUGUGGAAAGGAUGGCGUUGAAAAGACCCUACUUCUUCGCCCUCACCCCCAAGAGUAUGACCAGAAAAAAAAGGAAUGUGGAAACGGCUUCAGGGAAGAGUCACCCCUUCCCACUCCUCCAAGAGGGCCCUCGAGAGAGAAACCCCAUAAAUACGAGUUCGGGCCGGGCUCAAGGUCCACUGCCCACUUUGAGAGACCGCAGAGGACCCCCGGGAGUGAGAAAUCCUCUCCAAGUAAGGAGCACGGCCGGGGUCUGAGGCAGAACAGUCGCGGGCCCAGCCGGCCCCGGGCCCCGGCCGGGGAGAUGCCCUACAGAUGCGACGUGUGUGGGAAGGGCUUCCGCUACCAGUCCAUUCUCCUCAUUCACCAGGGCGUGCACACGGGCCGGAAGCCGUAUGCGUGCGACGAGUGCGGCAAGGCGUUCGGCCGCAGCUCGAACCUGCUGGUCCACCAGAGGGUGCACACGGGCGAGAAGCCCUACAAGUGCGGCGAGUGCGGCAAGGGCUUCAGCUACAGCUCGGUGCUGCAGGUGCACCAGCGGCUGCACACGGGGGAGAAGCCCUACACGUGCGGCGAGUGUGGCAAGGGCUUCUACGCCAAGUCGGCGCUGCACAAGCACCAGCACGUGCACCCCGGGGAGAAGCCCUACAGCUGUGGCCAGUGCGGGAAGGGCUUCACGUGCAGCUCCCACCUGAGCAGCCACCAGAAGGCGCACGCCGGCCAGAAGCCCUUCCAGUGUGACAAAUGCGACAAAGGCUUCAGCUACAACUCGUACCUUCAGGCGCACCAGCGCGUGCACACGGGCCAGCGCCUCUUCGAGUGCGACGUGUGCGGCAAGAGCUUCAGUUACAGCUCGGGGCUCCUCAGGCACCAGCGGCUGCACACGGGCGAGAAGCCGUACAAGUGCGAGUGCGGCAAGGGCUUCGGCCGCAGCUCGGACCUGCACGUCCACCAGAGGGUGCACACGGGCGAGAAGCCGUACAAGUGCGGCGAGUGCGGCAAGGGCUUCCGGCGCAAUUCAGACCUUCACAGCCACCAGCGGGUGCACACGGGCGAGCGACCCUUCGUGUGCGACGCGUGCGGGAAGGGCUUCAUUUACAGCUCCGACCUGCUCAUCCAUCAGAGGACGCACACGGGGGAGAAGCCCUACAAGUGCGCCGAGUGCGGCAAGGGCUUCAGCUACAGCUCGGGGCUCCUCAUCCACCAGAGGGUCCACACCGGCGAGAAGCCGUACAAGUGCGAAGCGUGCGGCAAGGGCUUUCGGUGCACCUCGAGCCUCUACAAGCAUCAGCGCAUCCACACGGGCAAGAAGCCCUACACGUGUGAGGAGUGUGGCAAGGGCUUCAGUUACGGCUCCAAUCUGCGCACCCACCAGCGGCUGCACACGGGGGAGAAGCCCUACACGUGUUACGAGUGCGGCAAGGGCUUCCGUUAUGGCUCGGGGCUGCUCAGUCACAAGAGGGUGCACACCGGGGAGAAGCCGUAUAGAUGCGACGUGUGCGGGAAGGGCUACAGUCAGAGCUCACACCUGCAAGGCCAUCAGAGGGUGCACACGGGCGAGAAGCCCUACAAGUGUGAGGAGUGCGGAAAGGGCUUCGGCCGCAGCUCUUGCCUGCACGUCCACCAGAGGGUGCACACGGGCGAGAAGCCCUACAAGUGCGGGGAGUGCGGGAAGGGCUUCAGCUACAGCUCGGGCCUGCGCAAUCAUCAGCGAGCGCACGCGGGCGAGACACCGGACAAGUAGGCGUUCGUGGCGAUGGCGCCCCCAGCCUUACACUCCCCCGAGCGCCAGCGCACGAGGAGGCCUUUGGGAACGUGGGGUGGAGGGGGGGGGCUGCCCUCGGUGCAGAGGAAGGGAAGACCUGGAAGUUUGUGAAACUGGAAGAGCGCUUGAGUUGCACGCUUCUGUCUCCAAGACACUCGCACGGCGGACUGUCCUCAAAGAAGUAGGACGGGGCCUCAGUAAAGAUCGUCACGCUCCUCAGAGUCGGCUCAGGAGGGAGCUUUUAUAGAUGAUACGAGCGGGUCGUGGACAUGGAUUCCUUGUGGGGGGUGGGAUGGGAAUACCCACAGAUAGGACAAAUGUAGGAAAGAAUGGUCACUUUACCAAAACCAGUAUUGUGUGUACCUUUUAGACGAUCGAUUUUACAAGAAUCGAAAGAUGACAUUUCCAUUGGUUGAAGCCAGUCACUUUUAGAAGAGCAGGAAGAGUUAGAGGGAGGGUCCCCCUCUUGGCAGGUCUGGAUAAUGUGUCUCCAUCAUGUUUUUUAUGUCACGUUCUGAUGAAUGUGUUUUAUCUCCUAGAGGUAAACUCUCCUAGAGAGGUUGUACUGAACUGCGGGGCCAUUUCAUCAGGGUUGUUUUGUUUUGUUUUGCUUUGAAGUAGGCUCCACGUCCAGUGCAGAGCCCAGCAUGGGGCUUGAACUCAUGACCCCAAGAUCAAGACCCAAGCCAAGAUCAAGAGUCGGACGUGCCAUGGACUGAGCCACCCAGGCGCCCCUCAUUUUAUCAGGUUAUAAAAACAGAAGCAAAUUGGCAUUGCAUUGAAUUUAUUGGUUAAUUUGUUUUAUUGCUAUCAUGAAUAUGAUACUUCUGCCCUGUUUCAUUUCAUAGUCUUUUGAAACAGAUAAGACAACUAUUAGAGCAUUUUAAAAAAUCAGAAGUACCAUUUUAACUUGUCGGAAUAGCCAUGGUAAAAUAGAGUCACCAAAACCACCAUCACUGGGAAUCUAUUGAAACAUGCACCUGUGCAUUUAUUGGUGGGGGUGAAAAAAAGUAGUCUUUUUUGGAAAGAAUUUGUCAGUGUAUAAGUUCAAUUUGUAUAACCUUUGAAGUGGCCAUAAGUGUGUAGUAAUUGAUACUUGGGAGAUAGUUGCACACGUGGAAAAAGAAGUAUGCGUAUGGCUGAGUUUCUUAGCAUUUCCUUACCAUGGCAGAAAAAAAGGUUAAUACUCUACGUGUCCUAAAUUAAGGCACGUGUAAAUGCGUGGAAACCACUAAAAAUAUACAGGUACACCUACAUUGACAUUGAAGGUUGCCCACAAACCAUUCUGUGAGCCAGGAAAGUUGGAGAACCACUUUAGUAUGGCCCCAUUUUGUUAAUACGUUUUUGCGUAUCGUGUUUAUAGAGAGAGAAAGACAAAAAAAAUGUGUGAAAGGUUAGUAUGAUAACUGCUAAUCUCUAGUAAGCGGGAUGCGGGGUGUGUAAUACAUUCGUGUACUUUUAUGUAUUUUACUUUUUAACAAAGAGUAUAUAUCAAUUUUAUAACAAUAGUAAAGCUAUUUUUAAAAGAAA